GUCGUUUCCGGGGUGAGCUGUCAGAGAGUUGUCAGGAGUGGUGUGGAGGCGCCCAUCAGCACUGCAAUCAGGAUCAGCGGCAGGUAGAGAAAGAGAGAGAGAGAGAGAGAGGCAAGCCGGAGCUUUGUUUAACUGCGCCACGCUGUCCUCGCAUAGGGGGUGGGAGGGGAGAAGGCGAGUAGAGCAGCAGACCUACACACAACACAUAAAACGUGCUCAGUUCUCUCCCACCCUCCGUCGCCUUUGCACUUUUAUAUGAAGCUACAAAAUCCAAACUCAGUCGGCUGGCAGGAACACUAAAAGUGGAGCAAGAUGAAAGCUGCAAAGAAAGCCUUCACUGGUGGUCAGAGGAGACCGGGGGACUUGGCCAUGUCAGAUAGCGACACAGGGGAAGACGACGGCAGCUUGGCUUCGGACAUGGCCAGCUCCAAGAAGAGGAAGCGCCACGUGAUUUUUUCCAAGGAGUCGGUGAAGAUCCUGCGGGACUGGCUUUACGAGCACCGACUGAACGCCUACCCGUCGGAACAGGAGAAGCUGAGCUUAUCCGGACAGGCGAACCUCACUGUACUGCAGGUUUCCAACUGGUUCAUCAAUGCAAGGAGGAGGCUUUUGCCAGAUAUGCUGCGGAAGGAUGGAAAAGACCCCCACCAGUUCACCAUUUCUCGAAAGAGCAAGUCCUCUGAACUGACCCCAUCGCGAAGAACGGGUGGACCAAGCCUACUGGAGAAUUCCAGUUCAGCUGCAGCCUCCACUCUCUCACCGGCAUCCGUUCGGCCGUCGGUCAUCUGUCAUGCGACAACAUCCGUGGCCAAGGACGUGCCUUUACUCUUCUGCCCAGACUCUGGAAAUGACAGUAAGAAAACCUCAAAACUAACUGACCAGAAGUUAGUUCAACCUCUGUUCAACACUGAUAACCCCACCGCCUUGGUGAUGUGCACAGGUUCGGCUAGUCCUAACAACGGACUGUUCAACACACCUCCACCCACUCCACCAGAGCUCCACCAGGACUUCAGUGGGUUUCAGUUGCUGGUGGACGUUGCACUCCAGCAAGCUGCUGAACUGGAAUCCCAGAAACAGAACAUCAAGGUUUCAUCUUAAAUACACAAGACAGACAAAUUUGCUAAAAGGGAGUAGAAUUGUAGAUAUUUGAGAAAUCGUGUCAGUUGGUUUUAGUCUGUGGAUGGGCGUUGAUGGUUGAUGCUGAACACAGUUGUAAAAUCCAUUUUGGACAAACAACUAUUAAAAUGCUUUUCUCCUGUUUGGAGAAGAGACUGCUUAAAAUUUGCCCACUGGAGCUAAAUUUCUCAUGGGUGAACAGUUGAUUGUAUACCCCUGAAUUGAAGGGUUGCAAUAAUUAUAUCUAUUAGUAUUCUCAGAGCCUCCAUUGUAGCUUUGCACUGCAGCCUGUAGAUUCUGGAAUUUCAUCAUAGUAAGCAUUAUUAGCAUUCUGUAUUUUUGACUGCAGACAUAAAUGAGCUGUACUUGUGCUUCAGAGAACUGCAGGUCACCCAAAUCUUAGAAGUUUUUCGUUAAUUAACCAGUGUGAUCACUGUUCAUGUUUAAAGAUUUGGGCCUAAGGUAGGGUUUUUCUCUCCCUCUGCAUGGAUGCAGAUAGAGUGAGUAUAGAACAAAAGGAGCAGCAUUGAGACGACCCACCAACAAGUGGAUCACCAGGACUGGAAAUUCUGUGGCACGUUCAUAAGUCCUCAAUACGUGUACAAAGUGUCUGAAUCAUAAAGACACUAGUAGAAUAUUUUUUCAUUUGUAUAUAAUGGAUCUUUACUACUGAGCUGAAAAAAUGGUAACUUUAAAUUGUGUUUCUGUUAGAGGAAAAUUAUAAGAUUAAAAUGGAAUUUUCUUUAACUUACUACUUAAUAGAUUAUGAUAUAGUAAUGUGACGUUAGUUCAGAGAUAUUCAUUUGUAACUUUUGAAUACAGAACUAUUAAGGUAAACAUUUCUGUUUGUUAGUUCUUUGUGAAUGUAGCCAUCGUUUGAUUUUUUAAUUUUUUUUAAUGUAGUACAUUAUUAAAGGUGAUGUGAGACUUUUUAUAACAAUAGUCAUAAAAUCAUCUAUAUGGUAGUCUGGGAUUCAAAUAAAUUAACUUUACAGAUUCUAAAAUGUCACACACCACAGUUAUGAAAAAAUUUGUAUUGUGCGGAAGUCUUGAUUUAAAAAUCAAUAUAGGAACCAGUGACUUUUAAUAUCCAAGUCACUCAAGUUGACCCUUGCAGACCAAAAUACUACAAGUCUCCAGUGUGUGGCAGUGGUUCAUUACAAAUUUGGAACUGUUUUUCAGACAAACCCUUACUGCAAACUGCAUGGAGAAAGCCUUUUGUUGGCAGACCAUUUACUUUUGAUGUGGGAGCUGCAGAUCUUCGCAUUGUACACAGCCCUUUACUGUAAAUUGCAUACAGGCUCAGCUGUGUGCAUGUGGUUCUACAAAAUAGCUUUACAUAAAUGCUAUUCAUGUCAGAGGCUUUAAAGAUUUGGUUCAGUGUUAAUGCAAAAAGGGCUUUGCAGAUCAUGUAUAUAACUGAGAAAAUGCAAAUGUGCCUUAUGAUGGUGGUGUAUGUUUUUUUUGUUAUUUGAAGGGACCACCCAACUUGUCCAGUCUUCAGUUUCAAUCUGUGCAAUAUUUAAAGGAGUUCUUUCACUCCAUUCUUUGUCUUACAGGAACAUUGAUCAUAUCUGUGAAUUUUUUAAUACCACUCUAAUAAAAAUUUGACAU